UCCUGCGCCAAAGAUCGGCUGACCCAACAUGACGACAUGUAAAUUUCUCGAAUAUUCAUUCAAAACAACCGCCUGCAUUUCCUUCUCUAUAUAUACAUUUAACUUGAGAAGGACCCCUACCAAGCGUCAACAAGUACUCAAAAUUAAUCAAACUUGUCUCCAAGUUACAAGUGCUAGUGUUGCUAAUGGAGUACCUUCCCUCUGCUAACAUUUGCUCAUCAUUUAUUGAGGGGUCUUCUUCAGUGACAAACAGCAACAGCAGCAAAGAGAAGAAGAAGGCUGGCAAAAAGACCAAAGGUGCGGUAAAGCUAUCGACUGAUCCACAAAGUGUGGCGGCUAGAGAAAGGAGGCACCGAAUCAGUGACCGUUUCAAGAUCUUGCAGAGCAUGGUUCCUGGUGGAACUAAGAUGGACACUGUGUCCAUGCUUGAUGAAGCUAUACAUUAUGUAAAGUUCCUCAAAACUCAGAUAUGGCUUCACCAAGCAAUGAUCAACUUCGUAGAUGAUGACUCGUCUCUCUCCUUUCCUAUCUCUUUUCCUGUUCAAGGAAAUAUUUACCCAUUAAACACUAACCAAAACCCUGCGGCAGUUCAACCAUCACAGCUGCAGCCAUUACCGAAUUCUUGCUUCCAAGUUGACCAACGAGCCAUGCCUUAUGAUUUAUUCAUGAAAAAUCAAUAAGCUUCUCUCCUUAUUCCUAUGGAUGUGUAUGGGUCGUUAUAAGGCAAUAUUUCACUCGUUCUAUUGUUGUUUAGAAUAUUUAUCAAGGGGGAUGUAUGAAUAUGAUAAAACCUUGUAACAAAGUUUAAUGUGUCUGGUAUCAAGGACGAAUUUGCUCUUCAUG